UAUGGAGUUUUCGCCUAUGGAAUGCCAAUACGCUUUGCGAAAUACACUACAAAAUUCUUACAAUACAAUAGUCUUGUUAGUCUUGAGAAUAUCAAGUUGCUAAAUGUAUCGAAAUUGAUCAUUUAUAAGCAAAUCAUCCGAAAUCAUCUAAUAAUUCAUCUUGACUCAUCUAUUUUAUUGUAUUAAUAUUAGCGUAAUCUUCAAACUAUCAAAUUACUUUCAAACCAAACGAAUGGAUUCUGCAGCUGCAAUCUUUGAUUUGAAAUCUGAAUAGGGAACUUGACCCCCUUAAAUAAAAUAUUGAGCGUCUGAAUUAAAUGACUUUACAACUUUCAAACUCAUUGAACAAAAUAUUCCUACCAGCCCAAUUCGUUAGGGAAACUGGGCAAAUUUUGUUUAGAUAACUGUUGAAAGUUUCCCCAGCUCAGCAAAAUCACGCCCUAUUGUUACCAUAUUAUGAUUAUUGAUCGUAAUUCUGGUUGAUGUUUGAUUGUGCUAGUAAAAUCUAGCUUUAGUGAAGUUGUUAAUGUCUAAAUUAUACAAUUAAGUAUCAUUUGCCUUGGUGAUAAAUGCAAUUAUAAUUAUGGGUAAACCUUGUGCUGUGUUUUGGGAUAUUCAAAAUGUUGGGAUACCAAGAGGACAAUCAGUCAAUUCAAUCAUUAAGCUGAUUCGAUCAACUAUAAUUAAACCUUACGAAUUGAAUGAAAUCUUUUUCUUUUGUGUUUGCGAUGUUCAUAAAUUAUCUUCUAAUGUUGGCCAUUCGUUAGUAAAUCUUGAUGUAGAUAUUGUUCAAGCUUAUAAUGGAGUUAAGGAUUCCGCUGAUAUUAAAAUAAUGGAUUUGAUGAGAAAAUUCGUCAAAGUUGCUGGACAAGAAUGUACGAUUAUAUUGUUAAGUGGUGAUGCUGAUUAUUAUGGUACUUUGAGUGAUCUGAAGAAGCUUCAUAAUGCAUCAAUUCAUCUGAUUCGGUUAGCAAAUUCAUGCUCUCCUAAACUUGAGCAAAUAGCUGACUACACAUUCAUGUUAAAUAAUGGUGUAUUAAAGCCGAUCAAAUCAACUGGUUCACCAAAGUAUUUCAUUUCAAUCGAAAACUAUCCUCUUUCAAUUAACAGCAAUCAAGUGAUGAAUGAAUUGAAUGCUCAGGCCAUUGGAAGUAUUGAAAACAGUGCCAUCUUUUACGAUAAUUUAAUUUGUAUUGGAUUCCUUACUUUGAAGAAUGCUGAAAAAGCGAUUGAUAAAUUAAACAGAUCGCGAUAUCAUGGACACUUUCUAAAGGUUGCAUUAAUAAAUGAUUCACCAUUGACCAAGAUACUGAAAUAUUUAAAGCCACAAUCCAAAGGUCGUGAAGUGAAAGCACUCACAUUUGUGAAGAGCAAGCAAUUCCUCAAGUCAACUUCUGUUCCUGCUCCAGUCCCGGACGGUCAAUGUAUUUUGUCGAGUAAAUCAUUCCUUUGGAUUGUCUUUACAUUCAAAUCUGAUGCACAAAAGUGUUUAUCAAAAGUUAAGGCAUCGUAUCCAGAUGCAGUCAUUUCAGAACCGCCAGAUGACUUGACUUAUGCGUGGCACGAAAGCCCUUACACAGUUAAACUUUAUAAACAAAAAGUUUCAAACUCAACAACGAUCUCAGAUCUGAAACCAAAUAAACCUGCAAAACUCGUUAACUUGAAAGAAAAUGAAAGCGAAAUAAUUAAACUAUUUAAUAGAUUCUCUUUAAUUUUGAACUCUCAGGAUUUAAAAUUGAGCGAUAAAAUUUCAAAAUUAAACGAACUGGUUACGCUGAAUGGAGCAAACAAUUUAAAUUCAAAUUAUCGAGUUACGGAUCAAUGGAAGCUUGUUUUUUACUAUAACUAUAAAAUACCUUCUCAUCUAACCACGAAAUGGUCUUUGAUUCACAAUUUAUUUGCACAGUUUUACCAUUUAGGGGUCAGAAAGGUCUGUUUCGAUGGAAGGUUUUACUGGGUUCAUUUGGACUGCGAGGAAAGUUAUCAAUAUGUAUGCCAUAACAGGGAAAGGCUAGAUUUAGCAUCUUUAGCUUCUACUUAUGUACCAAUAACUACUCCACCAGAAGCAGCUUUACAUGAAAUUACAGAUAAGAUGAAUCGUUAUCGUUUCGAUAACCCUUGGUGUUUCCUUCCAGAUCUUGAAUUAUACUGUUAUGUGAUAUCCUUGCACAAGGAUUUUCACGCUGAUUUCAUUGAUAAAAGUAGAGGUAAACUAAGCCAAUGUGAAUGUAUUUUCAUCAAGUCGUUUUCAGGCGAGAUUUGGUUGGGAUUUCCCGAUAAACGCAUCUGUAAAGAGUCUGAAAAAUACAUAGUAAAUAAACUUUUAUUCAACUCGAGGAAACCAAAUAAGCCCAUCACUAUGGCUCAACCUCCAAAGAAGCUUUUGGAAUCAAUUGAACUGAAAGACUUAAUUGGUGAAGCUUAUGAUUUAGCAUUCCUUUCAAAUGAGUUGGUUAUCAGUCGAAAACUGAAUGAAUCCAAAAACUCAAAAAUUUUACACCAAUUAAGCUUUCAGCCAUCAUCAUUGGUAAAGACUGAACAAGUAUGGGAUAAUCCGCUUUUUUAUGUGACUGUCUCAGGACUUGGACCUAAUGCUCCUUAUCCACCAUUAGACCUUACGAAAAUCAUAAAAAUAUUAGUUACAUUUGGCAAAGUGAUUCCAAUGGCUGCUAUGGCAUCCGUGGUACAGGUACCAAUGCAGUGGUCGUUCACAGCAAGUAUUACUGAAGUUUGUUUUAUCUUCUCCUCUUGGGUUGAAGUUAAGACAAUGGCUCAUUACUUAAGCAAUGUCAAAAUCGGUUACAUAGAUAGUCCAUACAAUGAACCGCGAGUGCAAAGUAGUGGGUUGUUAACUAAAGAAAAAUUAAACACACUUGAUUACUAUAUCAUCAACGACCAACGAAAAGUUCUCGAGAAGAUUGUACAAAACAAAAGUCUGGUGAAUAAACUAAACUCAAAUUCAUCUAUCCUUCAACCAACGUCAGAUAUUGAUGUAUUAGAUGGAGAAGUGGUAAAGAAACUACAAUAUUUAUUCGUUAUAACAACAAAUUCUGAAUUUAAAUUUACAUCUGGAAUGAUAUCAAUAAUAAAAUUGCAUUUGGUAUCGAUGGACUGUCCAGUUUACAUUGAAUUUGAAGAUAAAAUUUGGGUUGCAUUUGAUGAUUCAGAGAAAGGAAUCAAAGCAAAAACUGAAAUCGAACAGAUUAAGUUCAAAAUGUUACAUGAAAAGGAUAAUGAUGAUUUUUAUGUUUGGAUUACAAUGAAUUUAAUAACAAGCGCUCCUUUAAAAGUGACUCAAAUGUUAGCCAAAAAGUUAUUCGAUUCAACACAAGACAAAGGAGAUUAUAAAGGAUGUGAUUUCAUGAAGUGCGAUAUCGAAUCAUUUGUACCUUUAGGACACUUUAAUUAUUGUUAUAAACAAGCUAUGCAAAUGGAAUGUGCUCACAAUCUUUACAAACCCAAUAUUCCAAGCUUAUAAUAUAUUAAGCUCAAGUUUUCGCUUUACUUGAUUCUGUUUUUGCUUAAUAAAGUCUUAGGUACAAAAACCAAAGAAAUCGUUCAAUUGCUAUUUCUGGUGUUUAUUAUUUAAUAUUUCAGCUUCAACAAUAUUUUUUAAAAUUUGCACUUAAACUAAUUACUAAGGAACCAUAUAAUUUUUAGAUUCUGGUUGUCCCUGGUAGAUGUUGUAUGAAUAUAAAAGAUUAAGACCAAAACUGUCUCAAAAGGUAUUUAUCUAGAGCAGGCUGAAAGUUGGUGAGCUGCAUAUAUGGACCCAGAAAAUAUCUAUCGAAUAGUCCAAACAACGAAUGACGAGUUCAUAGACAUCAUUUGAAAAAUAUUCAAAUGAACGUUUAAAAAAGAGUGUAAUCAGUGGACUUUGGCCUUUAUCUCAACCCCUGUUUUUGUAAUCAAAUUGUUACCAACUAUGCUGCUGAUAAAAAAACUGUUCAAUCUGUGAAAAGCAAUGGAAACAAUGGCGUUCAACUGAACAAAAGAUCGAUUGCGAUAAUGAAAUUACACCCGACAAGCAAACAUAAACAAACAUAAUCUACACAACCUUGUAUUAUAAUUUAGUAACAAUAGUUAUUUACAAUGAUGAUUAAAUACAUUUAAAGUUGAUCAAUGUUCAUGUUUAACUGAGCAAAAUAAAAACACUGUUUACAACAUUCCUUCAACACCAGCUUAUGAUAUAAUGUGCCAUGUUAAAUCAUUGAACUGAACAGCAUCUUGAAAUAUUUCAUCACUUCAGUUUCAACUCAUUAACCAAGUGAAUUGCCAAUCCUUACUGGAAUAAAUCUCGACCGUCUAUACUUGUUGGUCAACGAUGGCAAUCUUUACUCAAAAAUGUGAAUACAAUACCAGCAAAAUGGACCCAACAGGCCACUUGGAUUUUUCAAUUACAUUUAAAUUGUGCUUAAUAGUCUUGAUUCUUCCUCUACUGGUUUACUAUACCUUGUUGUUAUCUGCUUCAAUGGUUAUGGGUUACUUUGUCCAUCCAAUUGAUCGAGACAAGAUCAUUUGUUUCUCCCUGUUAGUCUGUUGGGCACUCUCUGGACUAUCAACUUCCCUAGCCAGUUUCAUCUUAAUAAUCAAAUUCCGAAAAGCAACAAUUAUUUUCAGCUUGGCGUCUUUAGCAGCAACGCUUCUCUUUGAAUACUCAUUGACUCUUUAUGAAAUCCGUCAACCAAGAGCCUACUUUUUCACUCAUAUAAUGAUCAUCUUACAACUAGGACUAAUUAUCAUACUUGCAGCAGUGGCCCAUCGGCUGAGGAAAGGUGCGAGGAAUAACUUGCAAUUCAAUGAAUAUGAUGACAUGAAAGGAGUCUAUACUCUUUAGUUGUAACCAAAUUAUAACCGAUCGUCUCGUCGGCAUCGAAAUUACUUAUUCCAUGUAUCCUGAGCGAAUCCAUAAUCUUUCAUCUACGAGACUCCAUUUAUUCCAGAUAAUCUGUGUAAAGUCAUUUAAAAAGCAUCUAGUUUUAUACCUACAGUCAUUUGGUACGCAAAUGACAUUUAACUGGCCGCUUUACGCUGGUCUGCAAAAUAAAUGUAAAUAAAUUGUGAAUAUUAAGUGUUAUCAUGUAAAUUUAAUGCCCUCUCUUUAUCCAUUUUAGAUUUGCUAUUCAUUUUUAUAAUCAACCCAUACAUCGAAUCUAUCAAGUACAAAAUAAAUUGUGAAUUCACUCGAAAAACGGUGAUAAAGUUGUACUUACCUUCAAUUUUUUUACAUUUACCAGUAAAACUAUUUUAAUCGAUCA